UUAUAAAUGAUUGAGCCAUAUUAUAAACACGCGUACUGUUUACAUGUAGCACACUGCAGCAACAGACAUGGAUGAUAAAAACAUAAUGGUUGGAGCACUGGUAUUAUUUAUGUUUGCAACGUAUUCAAACGCAGAAAUCCUCAUUCGUGGAACUGAAAAUGUGGUGGUGGGAUCACAGGCCCGUCUGCAGUGCAUUGCACGAGAUUACGACAACCUGUCGAGGAAGUUGAGUUGGUAUCACAAUGGUCGCCCAGUCCGAAAGUCCUACAGAAACACCAUCACGGAACUGUUUAACGACGACAAAAAUGGAUAUGCUUUGAGCGAACUCCAGAUCCUUAAAGUAAGGCUGGGAGAUGCUGGGAGAUACACGUGUGAAACGGACAAGAACCACGAAGCCAGUUUUUAUCUUACUGUAUAUUAGAAUUGUCUGAGUAAAAUGAUAACAGUGUCUCUCACUUCAAGGAAUUAAAAUAUUCAAUAGUACAUGUACAUAA